AUGGCUGCGGUCACCACCGUGACCCUGCCGCCGCAGCGGCAGCUGCUGACAUCUUUGGAGGCUGUGGCAGACAGGUCCUUGGCUGGCACUACCUGCUUUUCUACAAUGAAGCACCGAGCACACAUGGAUGGAGAUGUGAUGAUCGCUGGGUUUUUCCCUCUCUACACUUUGGGAAUAGAUCACAGUAACAUCCAUUCUGCCAGGCAAGAAGAGAACAAGAUAUUUAUGUUCAAGAACUAUCAGUUUGUUUUGGCCUUGGCUUUUGCUAUUGAGGAGAUCAACAACAACCCAGAUCUUUUACAUAACUUCACUCUGGGAUUUAAUAUCUAUGAUGUUCAAUUCAGAACCUGGACAAUGUUUAAGAAUCCCUUCACUUGUCUCUUUGGGAAGUACAAGAUUCCAAACUACUCCUGCAUGAGAGACAGAAAGUCUAUAGCAGUACUUACAGGACCAUCAAGAAUAACAUCUGACCAGAUUGGGACAUUGAUGGGCCUCUACAGAUUUCCACAGUUUACCUUUGGACUUUUUGAUCAUGCCUUGAGUGACCAUAAAAAGUUUCCUACUCUCUAUCAGAUGGCACCAAAAGACACAUCAUUAGCCAUUGCCAUGGUCUCAUUACUGCUUCACUUCAGCUGGAGUUGGGUGGGACUGUUGACCUCACAAGAUGAGACUGGUCCAUCCUUUCUUGCUGAAUUGAAAGAAGAGAUGGCCAAGAACAAAAUAUGUGUAGCCUAUGAGCUAAUGAUCUCAACCCAAGAUAUGUCAAAUGUAUUCAGAUUCAUGUCAGUUCAUAAUGAGAUAAAUCUAUCUUCAGCAAGAGUACUCAUCAUAUAUGGUGAUAAUGAUACACUGAUAGCUUUAAUGGUAUUGAUUGAGCAAAUUUUUAUACAUGGAAAAAUUUGUAUUGUGAACUCUCAGUGGUAUUUCACUCUGAAGAAGAAAUAUUUCAUCCUGGGCUCCUUGUAUGUACCUCUUAUUUUUACACAUCAUCAUGCAGAAGUUUCUGGAUUCACAGAUUUUGUCAAGGUAGUUAAGCCUUCCAAAUACCCAGAAGACAUUUUUCUUGCGAGGCUGUGGUUUCUCUCUUUUAAUUGCUCUGAUUCUGAGUCUGACUGUGUAACAUGGGACCAUUGUUCUCAUGAUGCCUCUUUGGAUUGGUUACCUGGGCAUAUUUUUGAAAUGACUAUGUCUGGAGAUAGUUACAAUAUAUACCACACUGUGUAUGCUGUGGCCCAGACCCUCCAUGAGAUGCUUCUUCAUCAAACAGAAGUUCAAACAAUGGGAAAUAGAAAAGAAAAAUUGCCUUCCCCUGAGCAGUUGCACAUGUUCCUGAAGAGCAUCCAGUUUUACAAUUCUACUAGAGAUCAAGUGAUAUCGGAUGAGAAAAGGAAAUUGGAGCCAGAGUAUGACAUUGUCAAUAUUUGGAAUUUUCCAGAAGGUCUGGAACUUGCAGUGAGAAUAGGGAAGUUUUCUCCAUCUGCUCCACAUGGCAAUCAACUGUCUUUAUCUGAAGAUAUGGUAGAGUGGGCCAUUGAAACUACAAUGACUCCUCAAUCUGUCUGCAGUGAGAGUUGUAGUCCUGGAUUCAGGAAAUCUCCUCAGGAGGGAAAGGCUGCCUGUUGCUUUGAUUGUACACCUUGCCCACAAAAUGAGAUUGCUAAUGGGACAGAUAUGGAGCAAUGUGUGAAAUGUCCAGAUCUUCAGUAUGCCAACACACACAGGACUCAGUGCCUCCUGAAAACUGCAAGUUUCCUGGCUUUUGGAGAUCCCUUGGGCAUGGCUCUGGACUGCAUGGCUCUUUUCUUCACCUUGCUAACUGCUGCUGUUCUUGGAAUGUUUUUGAAAUACCAAGACACUGCCAUUGUCAAGGCCAAUAACAGGGUUCUCAGCUACAUCUUGCUCAUCUCCCUUAUCUUCUGUUUCCUCUGUUCCUUGCUCUUUCUUGGCCAUCCCAACACAGUCACCUGCAUCCUACAGGAGAUCACAUUUGGGGUUGUGUUCACUGUGGCUGUUUCCACAGUGUUGGCCAAAACUGUGACUGUGGUCCUGGCAUUUAAGGCCACUUCCCCAGGAAGAAGGAUGAGGUGGCUGCUGAUAUCAGGGGCUCCUAACUUCAUCAUCCCCAUUUGUACCUUGAUCCAAGUGACUCUCUGUGGAUUCUGGCUGGGAAGCUCUCCUCCCUUUGUGGACACAGAUGCACAUUCUGAACAUGGCCAUAUUAUCAUUCUGUGCAACAAGGGCUCCCUCACUGCCUUCUACUGUGUCCUGGGAUACCUGGGCUCCCUGGCCCUGGCUAGUUUCACUGUGGCUUUUCUGGCCAGGAAUCUACCUGACACCUUCAAUGAAGCCAAGUUCCUAACCUUCAGCAUGCUGGUGUUCUGCAGUGUGUGGCUCACCUUCCUUCCUGUCUAUCACAGUGCCAAGGGGAAGGUCAUGGUGGCCGUGGAGGUCUUCUCCAUCUUGGCCUCUAGUGCAGGGCUCCUAGGCUGCAUUUUUGUUCCAAAGUGUUACAUCAUCUUGUUAAUGCCAAAUAGAAAGUCUCUCCAUGGUUUCAGGGAUAAAAGACAUAGUAGUAGAAAUAGUCAUUCUUAA